GAGCACAAAAUCUUCUGGAAACGUGGACCUCACCUUUCUCUCUGGCUGAGCGACUGUGAUAGCUGCACACCGUCUCUCUUACUGUACUUUGAGAGCACCUCUCUCUGUCUGGUAGUAUUAUUAUAGCGCACUGCUCUCUGUAACCAAAGCGAAAUCCAAAUCAAAUGCCGUUUACAUCUCUGCGUUGUUCCCCCUUUCCUCCAUUUGCGCCCUCCACAACAACACAAAUAACGAGGAGGAGAAUAAGCAGAGUACCAUUCAAUAAAUAUCAAAGAAUUAGGGUUUGGGAUAAUGUUCUCACCAUUUGUUCCUGCCAGGGCGGUAUCCCAGAGUAUGGCGAUGAUGAUAUGAACGAUGAUGUCAGACUGCCAAGUACAAUAUUAGUUGAACGAUAUGAAGAUGGUUCUACGAAAAGGUACAUAUUUGAUAACAUUGCUCUACUCCAAACCAUUCAAGAGGAUGCUACCCCAACAGUGAGUGCAACAGUCCACGAAUCACCCCCGACGCACACCCACAUAUCUUGGCUUCCCGGCAUUUUUCAAAAUUUUGUCUUGCCUGCGGGGUUUCCAGGAUCAGUUUCAGAUGAUUACUUGGCUUACAUGCUAUUGCAGUUCCCAACCAAUGUCACUGCAUGGGUCUGCCAUACACUUGUGACAUCCUCUCUCUUAAAGGCUGUAGGCGUGGGUUCUGUUUCUGGAACAACAGUUGCAGCCUCUACUGCUGCUAUCAGAUGGGUGUCAAAGGAUGGCUUUGGAGCUUUUGGGCGUCUAUUAAUUGGCGGGCGCUUUGGGGGGCUUUUUGAUGACGACCCAAAACAAUGGCGCAUGUAUGCAGAUUUCAUUGGCAGCGCUGGCAGUAUCUUUGAGCUGAGCACCCAACUCUAUCCAGCAUAUUUCCUCCCACUUGCAUCUCUAGGAAAUCUUGCAAAGGCUGUAGCCAGAGGACUGAAGGACCCAUCAUUUCGUGUGAUACAAAAUCAUUUUGCUGUUUCUCUAAAUCUGGGGGAUGUUGCUGCCAAGGAGGAAGUCUGGGAAGUUGCAGCUCAGCUGCUUGGACUUGGUCUUGGUAUUCUGGUCUUGGCAACACCUGGACUGAUGAAAUCAUAUACGACAGUGACUUGUAUAUGGUUGAGCAUGCGAAUACUGCAUCUUUGGUUACGUUAUCAGUCUCUCAAUGUCCUAGUAUUUCCUACUAUAAAUCUCAAGCGUGCACGCAUCCUUGCCAAUGCACAUGUCUCAGGAUCCGCUGUUCCUGGAUGUGUUGAAUGCAACAGGGAAGAGAAUAUAUUGUACCCUCAAAGAUCUUUGAAGCCCAAACUGAGGUUUGGGGUAUCCUUGAACAAGAUGAUUGGGAGGGAUGGUUUCACUUUCAAGACACUCUGGAAGUCGUACUGGAAUGAGAAAUACAUCCUCACAGUACUGCCAAAGUCAUACCAACAAGCUCGAAACCUCGAAGUCUUGAUUACCUUUAAGGUGGGUGCCACAAGCUUAUCUGUUCUUAGAAGUAUUUGGCAGUCAUAUUGGCUUUAUCAACAUUGGAGAUCAGACUCUGUUUAUGAGUGUACUGUGGAGAGCUUAUUGAAUUUGGAAGAAGGAUUUGAUGAUUUCCUUCAACAGUUGAAGAAAGCAGGAUGGGAUAUCAAUAUGAUCACUCUUAAGGUCCCAAAUUCACUUGUUAUUGAGGAAAUAAAUCCUCCAAUUUCCUAGCAUGAGCUUGUAUCCCUCUUUGAGGUUCCAAAUUCACUCGCUAAUGAGAGAAUAGAUUCUCCAAUAUCCUCUAGUACGGAGUCAUAAUACUCUCUCUGUUGCCGUGUGCGUGCUCACACACGCACACACAAACAUACACCCACACAUUUUAUAUCUGAUGGAUAAACCGCACAAAGCUUUGCCUCAAUCAUUUAUGCCAAACAAUAAAAGUUGGUUAUUGUUUCAUGGAUCAAGAAAGCCUCUAAAAGUUGGUAACA